GGAAAGAGCAAGAAGCGCUCAAAGGUUGACAGUGCCGCGAGUUCAGCCCAUCCCCGCCGUGAUGCAAUUGGUUUAACAGAUAGUGUAGCAUUCCAGCAAGGGUGAGAAGAAGUGCAGAACGGACUUGCAGAGUUGAAGGCAACGAUGGUUGAGUUCAAUUCAUCAAGGCUGAUGUGUAUGCAUUCAUGCAUAGAAACUCUAGAGCAGUUACUGGCCUAUCUACCACAACUCGUAUUGAUACGAGGUCUGAGCUUCUCAGGCCUGUGUCCGAAUCACCUAUGACGGUCGGCACCCGUGUGUUUAUAUUAUCUCGCACCGGGGAGAAGAAAAUUGUUGCUGAAGGACUUCUACUCUGCCCUCUUGCACCAGGUUACAUAUUUUCCAUUGUCAAGGUUUUCGUUACAUCCACCUUAGUCUCGGAGACACCCCUUAUUUUGCUGACAAUUGCUGAGGUGACUACUAUAUGCGAGGUUGUCGGUGAAGACCCUAUUGAGUGGAACUACAAGGACUUCAUGCGCCACCCCUGA